UUCCCAUUAAGUUUGAACGCAUUUUCCGUUGGUUUUUGUAUUCCUUACCCCAACACGAAACCCGGGCCACGCCCACUUCACCAUGGAGGACCGCCGGCUGAGGAUGCGGGCCUAUAGGAAGGCCCGCCGGAAGUUCGCCUGUGUCGUUUAUAUGGUGACCAUAGCCUGGAUGGUCCUGGCCCUACUGCAGUGGCUCCUGGUCAGCCUAAUCUCGGAUAUAACCCUGGUCUUCGUAAACUUUUACUGGAUUAGCGUGAUCUUCUUUGCUUUGGCCAUGGUUAUGGUCACACUGUUCAUAUUCUUCGAGAAGAUCCGCUUCAUCAUAGGUCUCAACUGGCUGAUCACCGUGCUGAUAGUGGAGUUCGUGAUCAUAGGUGUCUUCGCUCUGGUGGCCCGCACUCUUUGGCCAGAUCUUAUAAUGUGGUUCUUCAUCUGCGUGCUACUGGUCUUCCUGUUUGUACUGCUGGGAUCUAUAAUACCACAUGAUCUCACACUGGACGUUGUAAUCCUGUUUGUGAUGGCCUUUAUUUUUCUGAUCGUCACCAUCUUCUUUGUCAUGAUGCACAUUCUCAUCGCCAUGCCCUAUUCCUUCGUGGUUUUCCAGAUCUUCAUCAGCGUUAUCGUGCUGUUGUUCGUGAUGUACCAUGCUCAGACCAUCAACGGUGGGCGCUUCGCCGAGAUGCGACUCAACGAUCACCUGCUGGCCUCGCUCAUCCUCUUCCACGACUUCAUCAUCCUCUUCCUGCUGACCUUCUAUGCGCAGAUUGUCUACCAGGUCGCUUCGAGAGCCUCGACAACUACGGGGUCUCCGCUCUAUGGCACCUGGGAUUCGACCCCAAAUAGUAUAAACAUCGAUGAAGAGUUCGCUACUGAAGAAGACGUAACCAGCGAAGUUGACAGUGAAGAAGGACAAUCACCCAACGAAGAAAGCAUUGUCUUCUUCUAACGGGUAUCUCGUACUUUUCUGGGUAUACUCAUAAUAUGCUUGAAGGACGAAGAUGAUGAAGAUAAUAAUUUCAGGAUUCAAGGACCUGGAGUCUUGAUAAAUAAUAAAUAAUAAAAUAAACAAGAUGUUAAUGUUGGUAUAGGCAGUAAGACCACCAUUGAGAAUAAAAUAAUUACGUUAUUUUAAA